GGCGUGCAGCCUAAUGAUGUAACUUUAGUUGUUUUAGCCAAUUCUGUAUCGCCCAAACAUGUGCUUCAGGAGGGUGAAAUGAUUCAUGGUGUCUGCUUCAAAACCAGAUUUUUUACCAAUGUAUAUGUUUCAAACACCCUGAUAACAAUGUACGCAAAGUUAUCCUCCAUGGGAGCGGCAAGAAAGAUCUUCGAAGAGAUGGAGGACAAGGAAACAGUGAGCUGGAAUUCUUUGAUAUCCGGCUAUGCCCAGAACGGGCUUUGUGAAGAAGCUCUACGAGCGUUCUCCUCAGCUAUCCUGUACUGUGUGCCAAACCAUUAUACAUUUGCCAGCGUUAUCAGUGCAGUUACUUCUGCGCAAACAAUUUACUUAACUUAUGGUCAGAGAUGCCAUUGCCGGAUCCUUAAGCUGGGCCUCAGCACUAAUGAGCAUGUGGCUGGCACCCUCAUUGACAUGUAUGCGAAGCGAGGCAGCAUCGGCGAAUCCUUGAUGGCUUUUGGCGAAACAGUCAACAGGAGCUUGAUCAGCUGGACUGCAAUAAUUUCAGCACAUGCCAAGCAUGGAAGUUUUGAGAUUGUCAUGAAACUGUUUGGGGAAAUGCUGAGCUCCAAUCUUCAGCCUGAUCAUAUAACCUUCCUGGCAGUUCUUACAGCUUGUUGCUGCAGGGGUAUAGUUAGUGUGGGACAGAAGGUUUUUGAUAUGAUGGUGAAUCAAUUCAAGCUCGAUCCAUGGCCGGAGCAUUAUGCUUGUAUGGUUGAUAUGCUGGGAAAAGCUGGGAAGUUAAUGGAGGCUGAAGAAUUUCUGGGGAAGAUACCCAACGGGCCUGGUGUUUCAGCAUUGCAGAGCUUGCUGGGGGCAUGUAGGCUUCAUGGAGAUAUGGAGAUGGGAAAGAGAGUGGCAGACGCUUUAAUGGAGAUGGAGCCAUUAGAGUCGGGGGCUUACGUGCUCAUGUCGAACAUAUAUGCUGAUGCAGGGGAGUGGGAAAAUGCAGCGAGUGUGCGGAGAUGGAUGAGGAACAGAGGGGUGAAGAAGGAGGUGGGCUUUAGUUGGGUGGAUGUUAGAACUGGGAAUUCUUCACACAUGCAUAAGUUCUCUUCAGAUGAUAAUACUCAUCCACUGACAGAGGAGAUUUAUGGGGUUACAGAGAGUUUAGGAAUGGAGAUGAGAUUACUGGAACAAGAGGUGUAAAGUUUUACAGGCAGCUAAGUUAAAAAUUAAUUGUUAAGAGAGUAUAUUGAAUUUGGGUCUCCUACUUGAAGAGAAGAUUCUGUACCAACUUCUUCAUAGACCUUGUGCACGGAUUCCGUCACUUUUGGGCUUUACCAUCAUCAUAGUUACAAGUUUCAUUAGCUAGUUUUCUUUACUCGGACCCCUCACUUGAAUAUUGGUGUCAACAUGUACACAUGACCACAAUGCACAACCUCUAAAAAAAACCGCAACUUUAUUUGCCCCCCUCAUUAGGACAAAUACU